UGUCAGGAUUGAUUGCAGGUAAUUGACCUGCUAGAGCUCUACGGCAACUCGCUACUCAGAGGUAGAGAGGCGCACCUGAAAGGGGAGAGGACUUUUCUUGGGAACGUCACAGUUGAGGGUGUCGUCAAUGUCACCAGCAUGGUUGAUGGUGUCAAAAUAGCCACUGAUGUUCUGACAAUUUAUGGCAACCAAAUUGUCACAGGUGCAAAGACGUUCCAGCGACUAGAGGCUGACAACAUGUCCGUUGACGACAUGAAUGCCGUGAUCUCUGUUAACCAGAGAAACUGGACAGACUUUGUGCUGAGCCGGGUGGACCUGACGUCCAAUCAGGACAUUUCUGUCAAUCAUAGUUUCAGUGCAGCCAACGUGACUGCCAGCGAUGUUGAGAUCAAGUGGCUCGUCAACGGCAUCAACCUCACGGCUGUCCUUGAAGACAUCAUGACCAAGAAUACUGUGCAGACUGUCACAGGAACCAAGACCAUACCUGGCACUAUGAUUGUUCAUGGCAAUGUUUCUCUGAAUGACCACAUUAACGGUAUCCAGCUUAAAGAGUUUGCAGCGAGAGCUCUGCUCCUUGAUGGGCCUCUGCAGACAGUGACUGGAAGGAAGACCUUUGAUAACAUGACUAUUUUGUCAAGCCAUCUGGAGGUGACGGGAUUGGUGGACGGUAUCAAUUUGGACUUCUUCAUGUCUGACAUCAUCCACCCGGACAACCUGCAGAAAAUUCUGGCCAAUAAGACCUUUCUGGAUGGCUUUCAUGCCAGAGACGAUGUCGUCGUGACUGGGACUGUGGAUGGUAUUGAUCUCAGUGAAGACAUCAUGACAAACAGCACGGCACAAAAUAUAUCAGGUAACUACAUCAUCAGCUACAUUGUUACCACUGAUCCCGACAUGCUGAUAACUGGACUUAUUAAUGGCAUUGACUUGGUCUAUCUCAACAACUCCAUUAUGAAGACCUCAGAGGACCAGACUGUGGAUGCACCGCUGGUGUUUGCUACAAAUCUGACAUCCAAGACCGACGUCUCCGUCACUGGACUGGUAGAUGGCUACGACCUCUCAGAGCUGGACUUCCAGGCCAUCAUGCUAUACGAACCCUUUAACCUGACGGGCAACGUGACAUUUACUAAGGAUGUGACCUUUGAGGGCCCGUUAAAUACGACAGGAUUAAUCUUUGGGCGGAACCUUUCAGCCUGGUACCGAGAUGUGGUGUUGCUGCAUACAGAUGAUGUUGUUGUGGGCAACAAGACAUUCAUCAAUGACGUAGAGGUCUCUCCCGUGCUGAGUGUGGUAGGCAACAUGGAGGCAGACACUGUAUUUGGGAGAGACUUUGACAGCUUUGUAGCCGACGCUGUGAACCUGACCGGCAAUGCCACAAUCACAGGAGUGAAGACCUUCUUAGGGGAUGUUGAUGCCCGAGCAGAUGUCUCAGUGGCUGGAACUGUGGACGGCGUACACAUUGAGGAAGUUGUCACCAAAGAUGGUAAUGAAGAAAUUACAGGAGUCAAAACGUUCAUGAAGUCCAUCAUCGUAAAUGGACACAUCAAUAUCACAGGGUUUGUCAAUGGUGUGGACAUCUCUAACCUGUACACCAGAACCUUCAAACUGAACAGCCCCCAGAAUGUCACAGCACCCAAACAAUUCACACAGUCUGUCAGGGUGACAGGCGACAUCGUCGUCACAGGGUUGGUUGAUGGCGUGGACUUGAACGAAGAGGCAGUGACCCUCAACACCGACCAGACAAUAGGGGGCACUAUCUCCUUCACCGUACCUGUCAUUGUGAAUGGGAACAUGACAGUAGUAGGCUUUGUGGACGGAGUUAAUCUGACUGACCUCGUGACGGAGCGAGCCACCCUGACCAGCAACGAAUCCGUCCGUGGCCUGCUGACCUUUCAAGGCCACGUGACCCUGAGGCGCAAUGUGACCGUCGCUAACCUGUUUGAUGGAGUCUCGCUGCCGUACCUGUGGUCCCUGCAUGAGACUCUGCUGAGCUGGAUCCGAGUGGACGUUGAGAAUCUAUUACUAAUCUCUGCCGACCAGUGCCUUGCUGUCAAACACCUGCAGCGGGCCUAUGCAAACACAGUGGAAGAAUUUUCUCACACCUCUGAAGUCCAAGAGAUGGAGUUUCGGAUUCAGAGCUUUGAGUCAUUUGUGCUGGACGACGUCACUCAUUUGGCCUUGGCCAUCCAUUCAGACAGUGUCAACAACCUGUGUGUAGACAGCUACGUCUAUGCGUGGGACGAAGAUAGCUACGAGUUCGUCCAGAAAGCGGCUAUUGCAACUAAUGGUGCGUACAGCUGGCAUGCUUUCAGGAGACAAGGAACACAGUACAUUGCUAUAGCAAAUGAAGGCACUAAUCCAUGCAGUGGAGAUGACAGUGUCAAUAACACCAUCUAUUACUACAACGGCACCCACUUCCUGGAGCAUCAAGGCCUCGAGUCAUCGGAGUCCCGAGAGAUCGACACAACAGUCAUUGAUGGUGACCUGUAUCUGGCUCUAGCCAACACCAAGACCAGUGCCCUGUCCACCCUCUAUUUGCAAGCCCAAGACGGACUGUUUUAUGAAGCGCAGAACUUUAGCGUCGGAGGAGCGACAGCUGUUGAGUUCUUGCAAGCAGGCAACACAAAUUUCCUAGUAUUUGCGGCUGUCAGUCCAACCCAGAGCCCUGUUUACAUAUUCAACACGCAGACUGGCCAGUUUGAUUUUCACCAGUAUGUGUCCACCAGCUAUGCGGCCUCAGUGGCAAGUUUCAAGUUCCAAGGCAACGCCGGGCUGGCAUUUGCCAAUCAAGCACAGCUCUAUGCAAAUAACAAGGUUUCCUACGAUGUGCCUAUUGAGGUGUACUUCUUGUCCAAAACAACGGGGGAGUUUGAGCUGAGGGAAAUGGUUGACUUUACUGCAGCAGUGGAUGUUGCGAUGUUCCACAUUGGUCCUGAUCUCUACAUGGCCGCGAUCAGCGAGUAUGAAGAACUGCAGAUACUGAAACAUGACGGUGUUGUCGGUUUCAGUCAAGUGUUAACCCUAGCCAGUUACGGUGUUGUAACUGUGGAGAUCUUUGAAAUUAUGGGUUUACCAGAGUACCAAAACCUGUUCUUUGCGCUGGGCGUCAAUCCAGUCACUGAUGAUGACACAUCUUCAUGGAUAAUCGGGGAAAGAAUCAUUGGUCAGACGGUGAAGUUUGAAAUCUUACCUUGUGACAUCGUCAUAGAAGACUCCUUCCAUGGAGAUACCAGUCUGCUUAAUGGGCCACUCUGAGGAUGCUUGUGAGGCAGGGACCCAAACCACUCAGGACCCCAAGUGAGAAUGUCUCCAGCAGACACCAUGUUAGUCACUUUAAUUUGACUCUAAACAGAUGCAUAUAUGUAAUAGCUAGGGCAAGAAUGUUGGGGACUAGGUUUUGAUUUUUUUCAACCCAUGAAAUAUUGAUUUUAUAAUGGAACUGUAUUUGUAUAAUUGUGAAUAAAUGAAUGAAAACCUUUAAACAGGGAAAAAUCCUAUUUAAAAUGUAAUGGAAUUGAAAAAUGCGAAUGGAUUCUGAGGUCAUUAAUCUUAUCAUACCUGUGACAUUCUGUCAACAUUUUUAAAAUUGCUGCUUUUUCUGAUGAAAGUUGAACUUGGUGAACCUAAUAUUUUUUGGGUAAAAGUGUUCAGAAAUGGCCUAAUAGCUGUGCAGGGGAUGAACUAUUUUUCAAGAUUGUUGUACAAACACUUGCUUGGUCAAAUUUUAGUACUAAUUCAUUCACAAUUAAUCAAUAAUGAAAAUGAUAAUGAAAAUAGUGAUCAGUGACUCAGCUUUUAUAUUUAAAGAGCAAAUCUACAUUUUAAUGUAAAAGGUGGUAAUGCAAUUCAAUUGUGGAAACAAAUGAAAAUUUAAGUAUUUAUGAAUUCACUUAUUACGUGCACACCUCUCUGGAAUGUUCUAUUUUUUCUUGAAUCAUCUAAUUUUGUGACUUAUGGUAGUGUUUGAUGUAUGCUGGAUUGAACGUGAUUAGGAAUUGUGAUUUCCCCAAAUUAGAAAGGUUCCUGCAUUUUGCUUAACAGCUGUGUGUUUGAACACUAUUUGUGUUGGUUAUCGUGUAAAUUAUUUAUCAGUAUUAAUUUACAAGUUAAAAUGUUCCACUAAUAAUUUUGUAGUGCAAGGGUGAUAUGUUCAAGCUUAUAUCCAAAAGGAAUUGUUAAAGCAAUCAACUUCAAAAUUAUUAUAAAUGUCAUGCAGAAUUAAUUCUGUUGAUUAUAAUCGUUAAGGUAAACAGUAUUAAAUAAAACAUUUAUUAACUGAAGUCUGAA